AUGUAUGGUGAAAGUUUGCUCUUUACAAGUGGACACAGAAUGUCACCAGAAAGUCGUCUUAUCAAUGCUCUUUCUAAGUACGAGUUUGUACUUGGCUCCUCGUCGCCACGAAGGAAAGAAAUCUUGACCAAAAAUUUGGGUAUCACCACAUUCUCGGUUAUAAAGUCCACUUUCGAAGAGAAUCUUCCGAAAGCUGAUUUCACAGAUGUUGAUUACGUCACGAUCACAGCCAAACACAAGAUAGAGAGUAUUAUUGAUAAGCUAUCUCUGUCCAAGCAUUGUGUUCUUCUUGUGGCUGACACCAUUGUUUCUUGUGCUGGCGAAAUAUUUGAAAAGCCCGAAACGCCACAAAACCAGCUAAUCAUGCUAAAGAAGUAUCGAGAUCACCCUCAAGAUAUCCGCGUCAUAACUUCAGUACAUGUUUGCAUAAUAGGGCCCGACAAACAUGUUGCUGAGCAUAUUAGUGACCAUGUCGUCACCACUUUGAAGUUUGAUGAAUCCUUGUCUGACACACAGUUGCAAGAGUAUGUUAAUACAGGCGAAGGGCUCCAAGCCGCCGGAGGUUUUAUGUAUCAGGGUAAGGGUUGCUUACUUUUCAAGGGUAUCGAUGGAGACUACUUUAAUGUGGUAGGUCUUCCAGCUGCGAGAACAUACAGAAUACUCGAAUCAAUAAUUCGCUAG